AUGCCAGACGGAACCCCCACCCCCGCGCUCCCCGCCGACGCCAAGCCGCUCAACUCGUAUGAGCGCGAGUUUGUCGCGAUGAUGAACGACGUCGACGCGCUCAUCGACGGCGAUCUGCCACCAAAGCACCGCAAGAUCCUGGUCAACUACCGGCGGCAUGGCUUGCUCGAGGUCGCCGGACGAUACGACGAGCUGCUCAAACCCACCAUGACGAUCGAGGAGCCGCGGUACCGCGUGAUCGAGGGCGGCAAGACGGUGGUGCUGGACGGCAUGGCGACCGUGCGCGGGUUCUACGAGACGCUCGCGGCGCUCGACAUGCUCGUCAUGUGGACUGGGCGGCAGAAGAUGGCCGUGCACGACUGGGGCUUUGCGGGCGAGGCAGAGUUCUCGCAGUUUGUCCCGGGCAAGAUGCUCGGCGACGACGUGUUUGGGAGUAUCGGGAACGAUCCCACCGCCGCGGCGCCCGUCUCGAGCAAGUUCGACUCCGAGGGGUGGUAUCUCGUCCGCCGGACGCUCGCCUUUGUCUGGCACUACGAGGACGACGGGCGCCUCAUCGGCGAGCACGUCUACGAGGACCCGAUCACCAAGAAGAUUGAGCAGGUCGACCCGAGCGUCGUGAUCAAUGGCGCGCGCGCGGCCCAGCUCCUUGCGCCGAUUAUCGACAAGUACGGCCGCUGUGAGGUCUAG